UUCAGUCAGCUGACGCUUCUCUUCCACUUCAAUCAACCCCAAUUCAACAAACCCUAGCUUCAGCCUCUCACCCCUCAAUUUCGUUUUUGUUUUCUCAUAAUCUACCUCUAAUCAAUGGGAGCUGAAAACCGAGACAAUCGAGUAAACGAAAACGACAAGAGCGGGAAGAGGAAACACGAAACGGAGCCGGCAGCUCAACAGCAACCGUCAAAGAAGAGAAAUCGGAAAGAAAUUGCCAUCUUCGGAAAUUACAGACACUAUUAUGGCUAUAGGGUUGGGCAGGGUUUAGAUGAAGAUCCGAGACUAAGUGUGAUGAGAAGAGAAUGGUUUGAGGGCAAGGAUUGCCUUGACAUUGGAUGCAAUAGUGGUUUGGUCACAAUAUCUAUAGCUAAAAAGUUUGGUUGCCAGAGCAUUGUUGGUGUUGAUAUUGAUGGAGCUCGAGUCGAGGAUGCUGACUGGACUCUAAGGAAAAUCAUAAGGACAGAUAAGCACAAAGUGACCUCAAAGACUCCAGGAGUAGCUAAUGUAGAGCCGGCUAAUGGGUUGCAGAAUAGUACAACUAAAUCACGAGAUGAGAACAUCAGUGAUUCCCCUCAUUUGCCGCAAAAAGAUUUGCAAAAAAUAGUCUCUUUUGAGAAAGGGAAUUUUGUUCUGAACUGGCACCCACCAGCAAAUAAAUCUUACCAUGCAAUCCUCUGUUUAAGUGUGACAAAAUGGAUACAUUUGAACUGGGGUGAUGAUGGUGUAAUUAAACUAUUUGCAAAAGUGUGGACACUUCUCCAACCGGGUGGAGUUUUCAUUGUCGAACCUCAACCUUGGACCUCGUAUUAUAAAAAUCGUCUCGUUUCUGAGACAACAGCUGCCAAUUAUCAAAACAUUCAGAUAACUCCAGAAGAUUUUCAGGACAUACUUUUAGACAAGAUUGGAUUCCGUACAGUCGAGAACAUAACUCCAAGCUUAUCAGGUAGUAAAUCGGGAUUCGAAAGGCCUAUCCUGGCUUUCUGGAAAUGAAUCUAGUCCAACAUCACUCCAGGUUGAAGAAAUUUUGGGAGCAUUAGUAAAAAUUGUCAUAUAUUGUAGAACUAUUUUACCCAAUUUUUGCUUUCCCUUUUUGUGGCAAUGGGUUAAUAUCUAAACUCAACACAAGCGGAAUGUAUGGGUUAUAUCUGAGGAAAAAGUUAUUUAAUUGAAAGGUUUCUGUGAUGUAA